AUGUCUUUCAACGACGUUCCCGUUUUCGAACCCGACCUGUUUGAAGAGGAUGACAAUGCGAAGGAACUUGCGUGCAAAAACAUUAUCAAGAAGUUGAUAACCCAACAAAUCACUCCUUUUCAAGCUGCGGAGGCUGUUGAUGAAUGGGUGGUUCGCGACUCAACUACCAAAUACGACAAGUUUCGACAGCGCGAUCCUCCCUUCACAUUAAAUCCUGGGGAAAAUGCGUUCGACGAUGGACCUAAUACCUGCGGACUUGUGGACAUGGUGAUCAGAAUUGUUGCCCAUAUUUGCUCUGCAUAUCCUCCCGGCCAUAUUGUUCAGGACUCAUUGAUUGAGUUCUUUCAGGCCCUCAAGGCCAUGCCUCGCCACGACGCUCCAGAUGUCACAUACAAACAUGACCUCACCGAGGAUUGUGGCAGCGACGAAUGUGGCAGCGACAAGUGUGGCACCGACGAGCUGACAUUCGAGGGAAAGGUUACACUCUGGGCAUUUGGCACCAAGUCGUUUGCCUGGCGCAUCUGGGAUUUCUUUAGAGAAGCUGAGGAUAUCGCGUACCCGUUUUCCGACGUGGAGGUAUUCGGCAGCGAAAAACAACUCCGCUGGAGGAACCUGCAAAGCUUCAUAUCUCGCCUCACUGCGCUCGAGUUGCUCGACUGCAGUUCUGCAUGUGCCCUGCCCUAUCUACUACCCAACCACGUUUCGUACCCGAAUCUUGAGGUACACAAAAUGGGCGGACCGAGACGCAUUACGGGGGAUCUCAUCGCUGCAGCUCACUGGCUCGAAACUGAUAAGAUUCGAAAGUUCGUGUUUCGCCAAUGCAAGAACAAUGUCAGUAGCGACGGGUGCCGUACCUACUGGAACAUGAACACAUGGAAUCAAUUGAAAUCACAAAUGUCGUUCAUAUCCUCGAGCGACCGGUUUGAGCAGCAAAUUCGUGUCCUGGCACAGUCACUCAGGGAGAAAAUGGAAUCGGAGGAAUGA